AUGCGACGAUCCCAGACCUUAGCCUCGAAGCACCAUGCGCGGCCCUCCAUUUCCACACUAGCCGCCCACGAUGAGCUCGGUGCCAUUCGAGAAGCAGAGUCGCCGGAAGACACCCUCCGUCGCCAACUCGCAGAAAAAGACCAGGAAAUACGCGAGCUCCAUGGCCGGAUCCACCUGCUGACGUCCCGGGUGGAGGAGCUCACAAAGGACCACCAGGCCGUCGAGAUGAUCCUGGAGUCGACGCAGAAGGACAAUGCUGAUCGCAUGGCGGAGAUUGAGUGUCACAGCAAGCGAGAGCUGCGCCUCGAACGCGAGCUCGCGCGCUUCGCGGGAGAGCAAUGGGAGAAAAUGCUGGGGAUACCGACGAUCCAGGAGCUCAUGUACGGCACCAAGGGCGCGCAUUCGCAUUUCUCGGAUGGCGAAUCCGCGUCGCCGGUGGCCCGCGCGGCCGCGCUUCCUGCGGGGCACGCGCGCCAGCCGUCGCGCACCGAGCCCCCCGCGCCCGCAGACCGCAAGCAGACGCGCAUCGAGGACCUGCGCAGCCUCAUCCUCGCGAUGGAGCAGCGCCAGGACACGCGCGUGGGGAGGCUCGAGCAGAAGAUCCAGGAAGCGGAGGCGGAGGGCCAGCGGUUCGAGGAGCUGCGGAAGCAGAUCCAGCCGCUUGCGCAGUAG